AUGGUUAAUUCACAUGAAUUGUCAAAUAAGCCGAUACUUUAUGAAUUGUUAGAAUAUUUUAUUCGUAAGCAAGAACCAGAAUUAAUAAAAUGCAAAAGUGAUACAAUAAUAUUACCUACAACUGGGACAAUUAAAAAUGCUCUUAGAUAUCUUAAUAACAGAUACUCUUUACCAGAAAGCAUAUCGCAACAAAUUAGUUUGACUUUACCAUGGAAGUUUGCAAUUGGGGAUUAUGGACGUUUACUUGCUGUACUACAAGAGAAUGUUAUAGAAAUUAGAAAAGCAAAAGAUGAAUAUUCUUCAGUUGUUGGAAAAGCUUCAGUACCAAAAGAUGCUUUUCCACAAUGGCGUAAAUUAACUUGGAGCCCAGAUGGAACAAUCUUAGUAUUAGCAUGUAGCAAUGGUUAUACCUCAUUUUACAAUGCCCUGGGAAAUAAUAUUUUUAACAUCAGUCCAAAAGCUAUUUCCCAAAACCCUCAUAUUUUAGAAGCUGGUGAUGCUAUAGCUUCUAUGAUAUUUCUUAAACCAAGAACAGACUCUGAGAAAUGGUCUUAUGAAUUUAUAUUAAUCACUUAUAGUGGUUUGCUGAGAUCCUAUCACAUUUCUGUAACUAAUGGAUAUGAAGUUAACUAUGAAUUUUCUUUUGGCACCUUUUAUAAGAAUGGAGUAAAUGCUGUUGUUUAUGAUGAAAAAUGCCACCUAUUUUAUGUUGCUGGAAAUACAGUAACUCACAAAUUAAUGUCAUCAGCUUCAGAAAGUGGUUUAACAUCAUGGCGUCCUCUGAAUGAACAUCCAUAUUGCAAAUUAUCAUUUACUUUUGAAGAUGAAGCAAAAACUACAUCAAGAUUUUCUAUAUGGAACAUUAUUCCAUCAUUAAGUUUCCAACCAGAAUCAUUCAUAUUCAAAAUGAAAAUGUCUCCAAACAAUAAGUGUUUAACAUGCUUACACACAGAUGGUUCAAUAACCUUAUGGAGAUUACCAACUUUAUUAAUACUGUGGAAAUGGAAAUUAUCAGAGCAACCGGAUUUUAAUAUACCUAAUCCCUUGGGACAUUCAAAAAUAAAAAAAUUUCCACCAGGUGGCAUUCAAACAUGUGAAUCAAAUUAUUGAUAUUCACAGGCAAUUAUAAUUGCAAGAUGUUCAGGCUCUACUUCUGUAUGUUCUACAAGCAACUUAAAGAAUCUUUUAGGCACAAGUCCUGAAUUUUUAGCUGGGCAACCACAAAUAUGUGAACUUGGUACAGAUCGAGGAUUUUUAUGCCUAGAUUGUGAAACAUUUAUAACCAGUAAAAAGCGAAACAGAGAGUCUAAUUCAGAAAGCCAAACAGCAGAGGCCUCGUCAGAAAGUGAAGAGGAAGAUGAUGAACUUCAACCAUCCAGUAUUUUAAAUUAUACCACAAAUUUAAUGCAAAGUACUUUGUACUCUAUAACUGAUAUUGAAAGAUUUCAGCCUAAGAGAAAAAAAUCAAGAGUGUUAUUCAGAACAUAUAGAAUCCUUGGACUGAAAAGUACCACACCUGAAGAACUUUACUCAAGAAAAAUUGAUAUAGAGGAAUAUGAAGAAGCAUUGGCUCUAGCCAAUACAUAUAAUUUAGAUACAGAUUUGGUAUAUCAAACGCAGUGGCGAAAAUCUGAAUUAUCUUUGAAUGCUAUUCAAGAACAUUUGAGUAAAGUCACAAAGAGAUCUUGGGUCUUACACGAAUGCAUUACUCGAGUUCCAGAUACUAUUGAAGCAGCGAGAGAAUUAUUAAAUUUCGGAUUAAAAGGUGCUAACAUGGAAACUUUGGUAGCAAUUGGAACUUGUGAUAAUGGAAAAUUUGUAACAGACAAUACCGUCGAAGAUUGGAAUGAAAUGGAUGAAGCAAGUGCUAGUUUAAGACAAGUACAAAAAAUAAAUCAAAUACUCAAAGAAAUUGACAUAAAAAAUUUAUCUGAAGCACAGAAAGACUUAAUUAAAUACAGAAGAAAACUUCUGGAUCAUUUAGAUAAAUUACUCACAUACGAAAUUAUUUUGAAUUCCUCGUUAAAAUAUGAUAAAAAAUUUUAUGAAGAAUUUCGACAACUUUCUGUAGUAGAAAAUGCAAUAAGAUUCGCAAAAGAUGGAGAUUGUCAAGGAGUUGAAAUUAUGUUCGUGUAUCAUAGUGAAAGUUUGUUACCCCACUGGCUAGCAAUUAUUAGUUUUUUCCCAGAAACGCUAAAUCCAUUGAAAUACAAAAAACUUCUACCAGAGUGUGAUAGCGAUGGGCAAUUAUUUUUGCUUGAUCAACGUGAAUUACGGCAAAAAGAUUGGUCUGAGAAAGCUGAAUUCGACGAGAUAAUUAAUUUGGAAAACGACGAUAAGUCGGAACUACUUUACGAAUAUGAUCCAUCGCUAAUUAUAUACAGAAAUACUUUGCUUACACCAGAAUUACUGCAAAAAUGGUACGAGUCACGAGCCUAUCAAAUUGAACGAAAUAGUUAUAUGAUUGAUAACGCUUUGCAAUUAAUAAAAAUUGCCAAAUCUCAUAAUAUCACUGGUCUAGAAAAUUUGUUACUAGAUUUAGAAACCUUAGAUGACCUCAUUUACAAGGUUUAUGUAGAAGAUUUAGCCUUAGAUCAGUUACAAAAACUAUCUAAUUUGGAAAAGAUUAAAUUAUUAAUGAGCAUGACUACCGAGAAAAGUUUUGUCGACGAUAUCAAAAAUUUCUUAUUGCCAUUUAUAAGAAGAAGACAUCAGUAUCUGGGCGGUGAUUUACAAAGGCAUUUAUUUAGAGAUUACUUAGUAUGUAUUAGUAAAGAAGAUCUAAAAUUACCGGUCAAACUUUUCGAAUAUUUAAAGCAGUCUCACGAUGGUGAGAUUCUUGAAAUGGUAGAAGAUAUUGCCACUUUGGCAUUAGACUGCAUAUACGCUUGUGAUAAUUCUAAUAUGUACGAAAAAGCAACAUGUAUUGUAGAUUCUAUUGCUAAAGAUCGCGAUGGAAGGAGAACGAGUGCAACAUGCACUUUACUCGAAGAGCUUGAUAGAGAACUGAAAUGUACAAAGAUUUUAAAUAAAUACGGGGUUAAAACCACGUUAAAUGCAUUACGAAAAAAUAAGAGUAACCCCGAAACUGCAAAGCAGAUACUAAUUCAAAUGGCAAGGAGUUUGAAUAAAAUAAUUCCACCUCCAGACGACAAACAAUGGGAACAAUUAUUGAACGAGAUGCUAGAAAUUCACGGUCUAAUUUUUACUUGCGUUGAUAUAGAAAUAUGUUUUGAAAUCUGUGUAUCGGCGCGUUUGGUAUCGGGUGUUAAAUCCAACAUACAGAAUUGCGCUAUUUUAAUCGAGACUAGAAAAAAUGAACAGUCUUUGUUAAAGGUGUCGUAUGACAAAGCUGUGAAUUUAAUCUUAGACGCCAGUAAGGAAUAUUUUAAUAGCUCCCAAUCCUUGAUUGAUUCUAAUAUGGAAUUAGCUAGAGCUUGCCUUCAUCUAAUUGUAGAUGAUAACGCACAGAUAAAAGAGGAAUACGAUCUCAUUAACUCGCUUCAAAUUUUAAAUGAAUUCAACAUUGAUAUAUUACCGCUUCAAGUACGAUUAAAGCAGGACAGACUGAAAUUGAUAGAAGAAUGUUUGAAUAAUCGUGAAGACGCCCAUAAAUGUCGGCAAAGAUUAUUAACAUUAGCGAAUUACUUGCGAAUUGAAAAGAAUAACAGCAGAGCGCGAGAAGGCAAAGUUUUAGAAUUGAUCGCACAGAAAGCACUUGAGGUAAAAGACUUUAAUGUUUGUGCUGCUACUUGAUUAGGAUUCUGUGAGGAUUACGAAGAUUUAAAGACUAGGCAAAAAUGUUUAUGGUUUGCAAUAAACAAUGGACCUAGCAAUAUACUGAACAAAGCAUUAGAUCAGAUACAUAUAACAGAAAUACAAAUGUUACAUAAAAAUUUAGAACUGUGGAUACCCACUACUGAAUCUGACGAGUUUAACGACGCUGACAGUGAAGAUGAAUUUAUCGAUGCAUUAACUACGCCGCAGGCAGAAACAAAAGAAUUCGUUCCAAAAAUAAUAGAAGCUUCUACCGAAAUAGUAAAGACUUCUGCAAAUAUGAUGAAAGACUCAACGUUUGGACUAAUAAAAAAUAUAAGUGAUACGAAUUUUUGGAAAUCUAGAUUAAAAUUUAGCUUCUCAAAUAACCAAGAUAACGAUAGAGAAUACGAUGAUCGAGAUCAUCAUGAAGAUGACGACGAUAUCCAAAGUUUUCCAUGCUUUUAUGAAGAUCCACAUAAACGUUGCAGACUCAGUAAUUUCGAUAGUAAAUAUUCAAGUUAUUCAAUGCCAGAUUUAGAAAAUACACGGCUUAAAUGCUGUCGCGCCUUUUUAAGGAUAACUAUGUUAAGUGAAUCCUCUUGUUAUGGAUUAGAACUGAGUGACAUUAAUCAUUUAUUUUUAGAAUGUGCAAAAUAUACAAUGCAGCAAGACUGGCUGCUUGGCAUGGCUUAUUUAUUUAGUAUACAAAAGAAUUAUAUAAAAGAAGUGCACAAUGUUUUAACGGAAUUGCCACAAACAAAAUUGUACAUUCAAACAGCAAUGUAUUACUAUUCUUUGGAGUUACAUAAAAGCCUGUAUAAAGAUUUUGACAAUAUAUAUUUAUUUGAUCCGUUAAACUUAAUAUUGAAAACUAUGACAAUAGCAUAUAAAUGCAAAGAAUCUGAAAUCUACGAAACAUUCAUCGAUUGGCGAACACGUUUACUUAACAGCUAUGGAAUAAAAGGAACAGAAUUUCUGGAACCAAAUGAAAUAAUUGAAGAUGAUGAAAAAACAGUCCCUCUUCGAAGUUCUAGUUUAACAAGUGUAGAGUCGAGAAGUGAAGAAAGAUCGACGGAAAAUUCGAGUCACAGUAGAAGACAUAAGAGCAAACAAAAUUUGUCUGAAUCUGAUGGUAAACACGACACAGAAUGGACGGAUGACUGGGGCAACUUUUCAGACGAGGAUGUAAUAGAAAAUGUCGGAAGCCAAAAAAGUAUUUUAGAUCAGGAAUUGUACAUAGAGAAUAAUAUUUCCAUAGUAAAAGAUAUCGGCGAAUGUAGAACAGAGAAACAUCGCUUCGAAGCCUUCGAAGAUGUAUAUGAUAAAAUACGAAAUGUUAAUCAUUUUCACGAAGUAAAAAAACUGUUAUUACAGUGGCCGAAAUUUGAGAAUCCUGAAUAUAUAACAAUCGACAAAGAUCCAAUUUUAAAAAUGAUGAAAAAAGUUAACGUUCUCAUAACAGAAAAAGACAAAAGCAAACAAAAUAAGAAAAUCUUUCAAGAAUAUAAAGAACUAUUAGAAGUAUUGCCUUCGAAAGAUACGUUUAAGAAAUUUUUGUGUACGGAACAAUUGCCGCUCGAGCACGUAAUUUAUAUCCAGCUGUGUGUGGACGACUCAGAAUUCCAUAAAGAAGCAGUAGACACUCUCCAAAAGGAACACAAAAAAUUAACAUUGGAAGGACCGAUAUUAGAAACACUGUUUCUGAAAAAUUUAACAGCGUCAUUCGAUCCGAGUCACGAAGUAUACGGUCGAAUAAUUGAACACGUUCUAGUGAAUAAAUCGCUAACGAACACAAAAGAGAAUGCCGAAAUUUUAAUACAGGAAUUAAAAAAAAGAAAGCAAAUUGCUCAUGCCUUAUGCAUAAUUAGAUUGGCAGAAGAUAUACCACCAUCUUUAUGCACGUUUAAUACUUGUUACGAAAUACUGAUGAAAAAAUAAUUAUCCAUUUCUUUAUUUAUAAAACCUGUGAUGCAUGUUAGACGACAAAUUAAAUACACGGGAAAUUGUAAUUUAAUGUACUUUUAUUCACGAAGUAUAAAACAAUUUUUUAAGGGAAGGUGAAGCAACCGAUGUACUUACGUGUAAUUGGUAGGGAUAGGAUGGGGUAGCUCGCAAGUAGAUUUGAACUACUGACUGAUUGAAUUCGAACUCUCUAUAAAUAUUUCGGAAAACAAAAACAGUAUUUCCAAGUACAC